GCAGGCGUGCGUCUGUGUGCGGGUGAUUGGGUGGGCAGGGUCCCACCACCAUCAUCAUCAUCACCACCGCCGCCGUCGUCGUCAUUCAUCAUCAUCUCCUGGUCGGCUGUGGAUCAUGCCUGUGGAGACGACUUUUAUAAACCCAUUUUUCUUCUACCCCGAGUUUUCGCACCAAGACGCGAGCCGCGGGGCCGUGGGAGGGUCGUGGCCGGAGGGCUCGCCCGAGAUUUACGCCGAGUACUCGGAGCUGGCCGACACGACCGACCUGCUGAGCUUCGUCAACACGGCCUCCAGCAACAUCAAACUUGCGCUCGACAAGCCGGCCAAGUCCAAGCGGAAAGUCAACCACAGGAAGUACCUGCAGAAGCAAAUCAAGCGCUGCUCCCAACUCACUGCGGUGCCCGUGCCACCCCCACCUCAUCAUCAUCAUAAUCAUCAUCCUCUGCUACUACCACCACCACCGGCCGUUCCUCCAUCUCCUCUUCAAGCCACCACAGAGCAGCAACAAAGCAGGGGACUCCUCUGCCUGGAAGACGACGAUGACGAUCACCUGGAUCGGGUGUACGUGGCCAGCGAAGGGGCUGGGCUGGCGUCGCUCGCGGAGGCGGCGAGGGACGGCAAUGUCCUGCAGGGACACGCGGCUCAGUUCCGAAGAAUCUCCGCCAAGUCCCCGAACGACAAGAGGCCCAGGCUGUCUCGCUCCGUGGCGCGGGGCAGGCAGCUGCCCCUGAGGGACCGCAAUCUGCCCGCGUCCUUCUUCACCGAGCCGGCCGCGCUCGUGACCCACCUCGACCAACUUGAGCAUCACCACCACCACCAUCAAUCAACAACAACAGCAGCAGCAGGCCGACUGUGCGGUCAGCGUGGGAGGCCGAGGACGGUGGCGUUUGGGACGCGGGCGAAUUCGCACACAAUCAACACCAACAGCACGACCAUCAGCAGCAGCAGCAGCAUGCCGAGCAAGGCAUGCACACACCAGAUUUCUUCGCGGAACAGCAAAGCAAGCUGAACGCCGAAGUGGCCACAGCCGCCUCGAUGCAGCCCAUGAACUUGGGACCGCCUUGCCAGGAGACGCACGGCUCGCUGCACGAGAUGAGGACUUGGGAGCUCACGCUGGCCUCAAUGCCAAGCGCGCACGGGAUGUACAGAAUGGACGGACACUCGGAGCUGGUCGAGAGCGCCCUGUGGACGGAGGCGCCACUGGCAGAGGCGACCCCGACCGCGGCCCUGCUGAGCUGGAGCAGGGCAGGCGUGUACCCGCCUUUCUGCUGCUCCCAAUGUCACGAGUCUCCAGAGUUCUGCAUCCAUCAAGCGGUUUGAGACCCGCGCCGCGCGCCGUUCUGCCCACGUGAAGGGCAGCGCGCCUUGGUGCGCCGUGGCACUGUCAUAUCGGCGUGGCAAAGCCGGUGGUGGUGGUGGUGAUGUGUGUGUACAGGACAGCUUAUAGCGAUCAAUCGGCGGCGUUCCAGCGGCAAGCACAUUUUUGGGAGGGGAAUGUUUAAUUCAAAGUACAUUUUUGCGCGUGUUCAUUAGGGGGCCGUUAUAACACGGCCCCGCAUAGACACGCACAGCUACAUUAUUGUACGUGAACUGUAACAUAAGCACAAAGUUGCGACCAUUUUUAUGGUAACGAAAUUGCAACACAAAGCGCACAGUACAGAGUUAUUCAAGAGCUCGUUUCGGUGCAAUGAAAUCCAACUUGCAGUGCAUUGUAAUGUCAUCGGCGAACAAUUUACAUCAACAUCUUCAACCACAGGUAUGACCUGACGAUACGAGAACUUCAUGGAACUGCCUUGUCAAAGGUUGUAUGCAUCUGCUCUGAAGGAGGGACGUUGAUGAAUGUCAGUUUCCGCGACACGAAGCCGAUCUAGACUGACCGAUGAACAUUGUAAUACUGAUCUAGCCGGGCUAUGAAGCCCUGAAGUUUGUCACGACUUUUGAGUAUUCUAAGUGUACACAGAAUAAUCCGAAAACAAUGUGGGAAUGUUGGUCUCCGCACUUGCAAGGGGUCGGGGGUAGAAAUGUAACCACUUUAGUUUUGAGACCCGGCCUACGAAAGGUGCCUCGAUUAUUUCAAGAAAUGCAGAGUUCAAAUAUCAAUUAAAAAUUAACGUUGAUUCAAUAUUUGGACACUUUUUCGUGAGUAGAACGCUAAAAACGUAAAAUAAAGGCAAAUGUGGUAACUUGUUACGAGUAACUAUCCCUCCGUUACCCAACACUACGAUUGCCACCCUUGUCAAAGUGUUUUUCAACCGAUGCGUUGUGUUUGCAAUUCCGUUAUCAAUGUGCAAUUACGUGUUUUUCUGAUAUUAAUAUUGUGGCAGCUAUGGACUAUGCCCAGUUAAACGAUGUAUCAUCGGCAUGUUAUCUUACAUCAAAUACAGACGCACGCUGAUGUUCAGAGUCCAGGCCGCAGGAAGACGUUUUGCUUUGUCAGGGCAAACAAAUCAGCCAAUUGUCAUCACCUUUUUUUGUCUUAGCCACUGGCAUAAGAAAACUAAAAUUGAUAUUUAAUGACAAAAUGUUAUAUUCUUAGAGAGCGCACAUUCAUAUAUUAUCUGUGUAUUGUGAAGACUGUCGUGGAAUAUAAUCUCUGCCACCUGGAUCUAUGACUGUCACAGAAAGAUCCAAUCGUUACAGUUGUGGAGGGAGUUCCCAUAACAUCAUCGCUACGCUUGUUUACCCGGGCAAGGCUCACAGAGUCCCCGUGUGACUCACUUUCAGGAGAGUCCUGCCAAGUUUCGAUUUAAAGCUUUCGUGACUGCAGGGAUUCAUCUUCUUGGU